CGUCGCCGUGGCCUUACGCGCUUGCGAGAGUUUGACAUUUCCCCACGUUUUGGCGCGAAAGCCGCUCGCGACUCAGGAGCGGGUGCUGUAUCCGAAUUCAGUAUUUGCUUUUUUCUUUUUAUUUCGUUGGUUUUCAAAAAGUUUACCAACCUCUAUCGUGUCUUUUCUUUUUUUAGAAAGUGUAUUGAUUCUGGAAAUUAUAUAGUUUUUGUGAUGAAAGUGUCUGUUCAAUGAAUGAUCACGCGUUUUAAUUGUGGAAUAAUCUGAUUUUUCUGAUGGAUGAUGGAUGGAUGAUACUACGAUGUACCACCCAGUGAGACGAAAGAUGAGAUUAAGUGUUUGUGCCAUACUAAUACUACUUCACAAUUCUCUAGCUUUACCAAAAAUCCCAGAGACGACUGAAAUAACACACAGCACAGUUACAAUAGAUGAUAACUUUGAAAACAAUAUUAUAGAUUUCGAUGAAGAAUAUUCAGUUAGGUACAACAAAAAGUAUGGAACAGUACCAUGGCAUUCGAAUGAUAAAAUCACAAGAGAAAAUUUUAGAUAUACGAUUUUAGAUGAUGAUGCUAAUAUGAAUUAUCAGUCAGACGAAAGCAAGAGAAGUAAACACAAUGAUACAAAAACUGAAAACAAAACCAAUAAAAUAGAAUCUAACAGUGAAACUACACCAGAGCCCGACUAUAGUGUUAUACCAUUAGAAAUUACACAAGAGCCUGACUUUAGCGUUAUACCAUUAGAAUUGGUUAGCACGACACAAAACUAUUUAGCAAGUAUAGUUGAUAGUACAACAGAGGAAGAUUUAUCAGUGAUACCACUUUCAACUACAGUAAAAACUGUACCAAGCGUUCAUAUAAGUCAAACAGUGACCUUGCCCACUUCGACGCAAGAAUAUGAAUUUACUACUUUUAAUAUUGAUACGACGUCUAAUAAUAAGAUAGAAACGACAACUAUGAUAGUACAAACUACAGAAAAAAGUAUUGCAACUGAAAAAUCUACUACUGCUAAAGUAGAACAAAUAAAAGUUACCACAGAAGAAUCUAUAGCAAGUACAACGACGAAAGAUGUGAUAAUAGACAAAGAAAUUAGUACCACAGAAACAACCACAAUCAAAACGAAUACAACUGCAAUUAGCAACCACACAAUUGUAACUGAAAUACUUAAUACAAAUUCUAGCAAACAAAUUGAGAAUCGGACGUCUAUAGAAGUUGACAGUGAUGAAGAAAAGGAUGUUCCUGUUUUCACUGAGUUAGAUGAAGAGAGUGGAGAGGUUCCUGAAGAUUACUAUGAUUCUAAAGACAUAGUUCCAACGACAGCAGCUCCCAAGACGAACCCACUGACUGUUCUCGUCGGAUUAGCUGGCAGUGUCGUUGAGAGUGUUGCGGAGAGGGUAGUGCCAAAAGGGUUAUACGAUCUUUUUAAAAGAAUGCAGAGACAAAGCGAGGCUUUGGAGUCAGAGAAGCUAAGAAGUAGAGAGGAAAACGGCGGAUUAGGUCAAUUCGGUCGGGGUAUCCUGAAGAGCAUUUCGUCCGGACUGAGCAAGCCUCUAAGCCAGCUGAUGGCAGGAGUCAGGGAUUUCGGGUCCCUGGACAGCGACCGGGGCUUCGUCGGCAGCUUGGCCUCAGGAGUCACCAGCGUCGCCAAUGCUGCUAACUCCCUGGUAGAUUCGUUCAAGGACAGGGUGCAGGCGAUUUACCCAGGUACGGUGUGGUGUGGUGACGGCCACUCGGCGACGGCUCGUUCGGGAGAGCUGGGCCUAUUCUUCUUCACCGACACCUGCUGCCGGCAGCAUGACGCCUGCAAGCUGUACAUCAAGGCUGGUGAGACUAAACAUGGUCUCACAAACGCCGGGUUGUUUACUAGAUCGCACUGCAGUUGCGACGCCAAGUUUCGCGAGUGCUUGCACCGCACCAACUCACUGGUGUCAGCGCAGAUCGGCCUGACGUACUUCAACGUACUGGGCCCACAGUGCUUUCGUAAAGCACAUCCUAUCGUCAAAUGCUUGAGGAGGACGAGAAUAACUGGACAGAAAUGCGAAGAAUACGAGUUGGACUACACGAAACCCAAGAUGUGGCAGUGGUUCGACAACGAGACAUUUUAGACGAUAACAUUAUCAUCGUUCGGCCAUACGACGCCUACUGCUGGGAAUAGGCCCUCCCCUAGAAGGCUAGAUUUAAAAUAGACAAUGCAUAAGGAGAACCAGCGUGUCUUAUUUUGAGUACUCGCGUGAACAAAUUGUGCAGUUAAAAAGCAAUAAAAGCAAUGACCCCAGCAUCCAUUUCAGUUCUUUCGCUUAUAUAUAGGUUAAUAGGAACAAAUAGACAUCGUUUGCUUGCCAGUAUCGAGAACGGUUACGCGACGAAAUAAAAUAGCCUCCAAUGGAGAGCUUUUAUUUCUUUUGCCAUGUUGGUACACGAAGUGUGAAGGAAGACAUGAGCAUAGCAUGAGUAAAUUUUUAUUUUAUGUAUAUUAUUUUAUUUUAUGUAUAUAUUUUGGUGAGGAGCUCGAUGGCGCAGGUGGCUAGCGCGUUCGGCUGCGAUCGUUGAAGUUAAGCAACUUUCGCAGUGGUCGGUCAUUGGAUGGGUGACCAAAAAUUUACUAUCUCGAGCUCCUCCGUGCUUCGGAAGGCACGUUAAGCCGUUGGUCCCGGCUGCAUUUGCAGUCGUUAGCACCCACCAAACCGCACUGGGCCCGCGUGGUGGGUCAUGGCCCAAUCUCCCUAUUCCAUCCAUAGGGAAGGCCUGUGCCCCAGCAGUGGGGACAUUAAUAGGGUGAUGAUGAUGAUGAUGAUGAUGAUAUAUUUUGGUCUAUGUCAGUACAUCUCCCGAAGAUCUCCACGCUGAUACGUCCUGAGUUGUCAACAUCCAGCGGCUUUACGCGAUCUUUGAUCGUCAGUUCACCAGUUUUAAAAAAUAUGGACACAUUCUUUUAUCCAUCAAGUUUGAUGCAAGUUUUGUAUACUACAUGUUUAUAAUGUAUAUACGUAAGUGCGAACAAAUAAUUAUAAAUUUUAUACAUUAGUUUGUUAAAAUAAAAACAUGUAUUAUACCUUGGCGUAAAUGUGGGUUAAUAUCAUCGUGAUCGCAGACUCUUAACUUAAAAGGUUUGAUGUAACCGAGUACUGGCGGGACGAUCGCAAACAGUGACAUCUAGCGACAGCCGUGCGAAAUAAAAAUAAAAAAGCGACAUCGAACGUUAAGGCGCUUUGCAGACGACGGGGCGGGGCGGGCUUUUUGUCCGCGAAGCAAUAAAAACCGCGUUUGCCCGUCGAUGUCUGCGGCUGCCCGCGCCGCGUACACAAAGCACACGACGGGCAGAGACAGUCAUUUGAGGACGUUCGUUCUAGUGAAUAGUCCAUCACUAAAAAGCGCGUGGCGCGGAGUGAGCUAGCCGCCCCGCGCCGCCAUCUGCGUUACUGCAUAUAAACUGGUUUGUAUGAUCCACGGCGGGCAGCCGCGGACAUGCCGCGCCGCCAGUGCCCGCCGGGCACCCAAGGCGCGGUCUUUCUGCCCUCUGUGUGCGUUUGUAGUAUAGGAUUCACUUUGUGCUAUCGUUCGCGGCGAAAUUGACCAGUCCGCUCCGCCCCGCCGUCUGCAAAGCGCCUAAUAAUCAAAGUCUCAAGGAAGAAUGGUUAUUCGGAUAAAAUAUUAAAUCUUUAUUUGUAUAAAUACCGAGCAACCUCUUUCAUAUCGUGUCCUUCUCACUACGGGACAUUGGCGAAAUUUCAGUGUAAAACGGAAAUAGCCACACAAUAAAAUAAAAAAAAACAAUCAAAGUAUUGAAAGUAAACUUGCGUACAUAAAAAAAAUAUUUGUGAUGUAUUUUAGUUUAUGAGUAAAAUUACAGUAGGUACACAAUGUUUUUAAACAGUAUAAAUUAUAUUUUAUUUUUUAAGUAUUUAACUGUUAGAUGUUUAAAUCUAAAGAUGUUUUAGAUUUAAUCAGAAAUUAUUCCUCCCCGUACAUGUUUCAGACGGAAUAUUUUUUAAUAUAUUUCUUAGUUGAUAUGUUUUCCCUGUAAGCUUUAUUUAUUUUAAGCAAGUUUUAAAUGAUAUUGCCGCAGUGCCGAAAAGAUUUUCCAAGUACAAUAUUGUAUCUAUAUUUGAUAAUCAUGUUUUGUACAUAGAACUAUGUUUUGUUUGUAUGUAGUUUAAAGUAUUCUUAUCUGACAUAGUAACAUAAGGUAUUUAGUAAAAAAAUUAAAACUUUUAUAUACUGCCGAGGUAGGUCAGUAGAAUUUUAUAUAUUUUAAUUUUCUUUACACAUAUUUCUGUAGAUUAAACCAUGACUGUGUAAAAAUACUCUUAUACAGUAUUAUUGUACUGUAACUUACCGUUUUUUAUGGUGAUUAAGUUACGUUAAUAAUAUGUAGUUAAUAAAUAAAUGAAAUAGCGCCUACAUUUUUUUGUAUACUACCUGGUACUUAUAGUUGAAUUCUUUCGUACUAAAUUAAUUUAACACCUUUUAACAAAUGAAAUUGCGUUUAAUUUAAUAAAAGUGUUUCAAAACGUUUAUGAUCAUUUUCAGGUUGUAAAUUGUGUUUAUAUUUAAAAAGUAAAAUAAAUAUCGAUGUAUGAUCAAUUGGACAUCAAUUUUGGCGACAUCUUCUUUUUUAUAAAACACCACAUUUUAAUAAUUGUCAUCAGCGAACAUUAUUGCAAUUUAAUUAAUUAAUUCAUUUAUUCAUCCAUCACAAUUUUACACAAAAUAUAUGAACAACGAUUUGCAAUAGCUUAGAGCCCAAAUUUUUAAUGACUACCUACUGCCUGAAAUAGAUUUCAGAAGAGAACCUGUACUACAAAGUCAACAAGCCUCACCCUCAGACAGUGAAGAAAUAAGUGCAUUAUGGUGUAAAUUGCUUUAAACAGAUGUAUGAGUGGAAAUCGAGGAGCUCAAUGGCGCAAGUGGUUAGCGCGUUCGGCUGCGAUCGUUGAAGUUAAUUAACUUUCGCAGUGGUCGGUCAUUGGAUGGGUGACCAAAAAUUACUAUCUCGAGCUCCUCCGUGCUUCGGAAGGCACGUUAAGCCGUUGGUCCCGGCUGCAUGUGCUGUCGUUAGCACCCACCAAUCCGCACUGGGCCCGUGUGGUGGGUCAUGGCCCAAUCUCCCUAUACCAUCCAUAGGGAAGGCCUGUGCCCCAGCAGUGGGAACAUUAAAAGGCCGAUGAUGAUGAUGGUGCAGACAACUCCUACCCGUCACUUAUUUUUGUUUAUGUCGUGAGUGAAGGGAGUUUUAGAAUGCUGUUUUAAUAUCACUUUAAGGAUAUAUGUUUACGAUACUGUCAGCAUGUACCAGUAAUUAUAGAGUUCAAUCGUGGGAAAGCAAUAUAGAAGACCGGCUGCAACCUUCUUCUAUGGUAUCUUUCAACUUGGAACAUAUGUGUUGUGGCUGCUCCACCACAUACAGAGACACAGUAUACCAGCAG